AUGUCUCUGCCCGUCCUGUCCUCACGGCCGCUGGCCGAGCCGCCGACGGGUGCUCUCCCUCCCAUACCGACCACUGCAGGCAAGACGCCGCGAAAAAGUCUCGGACAGCCGCCUUCGCGACUGAAGGCGCCUUCACGACCAUCCAUCUUACCUACCUCGCAACCUGAGGCUUUCAGUUCUGACCUUGCGGCCACGAAAGGAAACGAGAAAUCCACUGGCAUCCCUUCAGCCAGGUCGGUCCGCAAAGUUGUUAGUAUCGGCUCAUUCCCUCAGCCACCCAAUAACUCGCGACCACCAACGUCGGCAUCGAUAGCCUCCACAUCAUCGGUCAAGAGACGAACUUCCAAAUCCCCCCGAGCAAGUACGGCUCCGAGUUUCCGUUCUUCCCAAACACCAAGUCUGCUAAACUCGGCUGGGGAUGGAAUGACUGUGUCUGCAAAAGCGGGGAAAAGAACAUCGGAUGCCCAGUCAAGCGUGCAUUCUCCCUCGCAAAGUAGAAGUUCAUCUGCGAAUGGCUCCUACUCGACAACUGCCACCACAAUAGAAGACGGUGACGAAGAUGGCAGGGGCCGCACCAAAGAUCUUGAAGAGGCGGUCCUCGACUCGAAACGGAAUUCCAAAGGAAAGGAGUCCAAGGGCAAUGUCAUUGUCAGCGUACGUGUUCGCCCAGAUCCUGGAAACACAAAUAAUGGGCAAGCAGAGGGUGAAUGGAUGGUAGACGGGAGAAGAAGCCUGGUUGCCUAUCGUGGCAAAGAAGGCGGUGACUAUCACUACGACAAUGUCUUCACCACCCACGAUGACAAUGCCAAAGUCUAUGAUGCUUCCGCCAAAAGAUUGGUACGGCGCGUCAUGGAAGGCUAUCACGGAACAGUCUUUGCCUACGGUAUGACGGGGACAGGCAAGACGUUCUCGAUGCAGGGCACCAUGACCAGUCCAGGUGUUAUCCCACUGGCAAUUACCGAUAUUUUCUCUUACAUCAGGGAGACUCCACAUCGAGAAUUCCUGCUACGAGUCAGCUAUCUCGAGAUUUAUAACGAGAAGAUACACGACCUGCUGGCCCAACCGAUAGGAAGUGGACCGCUUGCUCAACAAGAAGAGAUCAAACUUCGCGAGGACAGCAAGCGCGGCGUGUACGCUACACCAUUGAAAGAGGAGAUUGUUCAAAGUCCAACGCAGCUGCUGAGAGUUAUCCAUCGUGGAGAUACUGCACGACGGACUGGGAGUACACAGUUCAAUUCCCGCAGCUCGCGAAGUCACGCAGUGGUACAGAUUGUCGUUGAGAGCCGAGAACGAGUCCCUGGUUCUGGUGCGAUGCAUGAAAACGGCAAGCGGGUAGCAAUGCUACCCGGUGGUGUCCGAGUCUCAACGCUGAGCUUGAUUGAUCUCGCAGGUUCUGAAAGAGCAGCUGAAGACAAGGAACGCCGUACCGAAGGAGCGCAUAUCAACAAGUCUCUCUUGACACUGGGUACAGUCAUCGCCAAAUUGUCAGGAAACAAGGACAAGAAUGGGAAUCCCACCGAUAAGGACGGAAAGCAUCUGCCUUACCGAGAUAGCAAACUGACCCGGCUUCUCCAGCCAGCACUGUCCGGCAACUCCUUGGUGUCCAUUCUCUGCACGAUCCAAAUUGGGGCUGGUCUCACCGUAGCUGGCAACAACCACACAGGAGAGACUCUGAACACACUGAAGUUUGCAGCUCGUGCCAAAAACAAUAUUGUCAGCAACGCCAAAAAGGCAGCGGAAGAGAUCGGUACCGGAGUCAACGCCGGCCUACUCGAGCGUUAUCGGACCGAGAUCCAGAACCUACGCGCCCAAUUGGAAGGACAGCAGAAGUCGGCGGCAGAGAAGGAGGAGCGAGCGUUGGAAAAGGAGGCCGAGCAACGGCAUGAAGAACAGAUGCUCGAGAUGCAGCUUGCUAGAACCGCUCUGAAAGAGCGUAUCGAACAUCUCAACCGCUUAAUUCUGUGUUCCAAGUCAACGGGUGUCAACAGUGGUACGGUCUCGGCAUUGGGGAUGCACUCACGUCUCUCCGGAGGUACAGAAUUUGCAGGUUCCCGAUCUGUGCGAUCGUCGGCCAGCCAGUCUACCUUGGGGGUCAAUCAGGGCCUGAAACGACAUCCCUCGGUGGCAUCUAUGGGUAACGUGCCCUCUGGAUCUGCGCACCUCUCAUUUUCAGGUAUUCCUGACGAGGAUGAAGAAGCCUCUGGAGACUAUGGCGACGGCCGGGCUACGCUCCAGGCACAGGUCCGGGCAUUGCAGGCGGACCUCCAGGACAAAACGCGGUAUAUUUCGACGUUGGAAAGACGGUUGCUGCAAGCUCGUCGGUCAAGCCACUCCCGAGUGUCCAUGGCAUUCAACAAGACUCCUGGCGACGAGGGCGAUUUGCUCAGGCAGCUUGACGAGAAGGAUGCCAUGAUUUCAGAUCUGCAGAGGACGGUAUCUGCCCUGCGGUCGGCAGUGCGUAAGCGUGAUAUUGCCGAGUUGACCCCGGAAUUGUCUUCGAGUGAAUUCAAGCAGAGUCGAAACGCGGAAGGCCAUCAGAGCACCAAUAGCAAUUCAAGCUCGCAGUUGAGCAGCAUCACAGUUCCAAGCCAACAGACGUCUAGCGGACCGCGGUCGCCGCUGGCAACGAGCCCGAGGGCUAUUUUGUCGCCUUCAAAACAAUCGGAUAAGAAAAAGAAGACGGUGGAUGAAAUGUCCAGGAUGCUCGAUGAAAUGAUUCGGGACAAGGUGGAGAGCGGCAAGCUGAGCAAAGGAAGAUCGGCGUCGGCAACCGUACCGCUGCGGUCUUCCUCACAACGGCAUUCACGGAGAACGUCUAGUGCUGGCCACAAUGGAGGCCCAGCCAUGGGCGCCAUGGUAGCUUCGUUGAGGGAGCGUGACUCGAUCCUGGAGAACACGAGCUCGAACUGA